GUUUCCAGAAUAAAAAUAGGGUUGCAAUCCUGGCAGAACUAGACAAGGAGAAGAGAAAGUUACUUAUGCAAAACCAGUCUUCCACAAAUCACCCUGGAGCCAGCAUUGCACUUGCAAGAUCACCGCUGAACAAGGAUUUUCGUGAUCAUGCUGAGCAGCAGCACAUCGCAGCACAGCAGAAGGCUGCACUGCAGCACGCACACGCACAUUCCUCAGGAUACUUCAUAACUCAAGACUCUGCAUUUGGAAAUCUUAUUCUUCCUGUCUUACCUCGACUUGAGGCAGAAUGAGGAAUGUUGUUUCUUAGAACUGCAAGGUCUGAUUUUUGUCCAUAGCAGGAACUGUCUGACCUUUUAAUUUCUUUACUUGUCUUAAAACUUUUUCCUGGGUUUUUGUGGUUGCCUUUUGGGAGUGUGAGCUGUAACAAUGAAAAAGCAAUGUUGUUGCACAGUGAUUUUUAUCCUGUAUUUCUGUUCCUUUGUCAGGUCAAAGUCAGACGUAAGACUUCCUUGGUGUGUGAAGUGCAUAGCGCUUGCUCUUCCCUGUUUCUGUGCUUCCUUUCAAUAAAUGUCCAAACCAGGGUCAUCAAGAGAUGCACACUCUG